AUUCGAGAAAAGUGAAAUAUCAUGUUGAAGUUACUCGCAUCGAGUUAUUCAAACUGCUGAUCGAUCUGUCACGAGUUGUGUGAGGGUGUUUGAUGUUUUUUAUUUUGCAGUACCAUCUUUUUAAUUCAUAGGCUUGAAAAAUGAAUAGCGCAACGGAUCCGAGACGACCCGAUAAGGAAAUUCGCUACAAGCCAUCGAGUUCGAAUAAUCAGACACAGGUGCAAGACGACCUGACACCGGAUUACAUGAACGUUAUAGGAAUGAUCUUCAGCAUGUGCGGUCUGAUGAUGAGACUAAAGUGGUGCGCCUGGGUGGCACUCUACUGUUCCUGCAUCAGCUUCGCCAAUUCGCGAGUUAGCGAGGACACGAAGCAAAUCCUCAGCUGCUUCAUGCUGUCGAUAUCAGCAGUGGUGAUGUCGUACCUGCAAAAUCCACAACCCAUGACUCCACCGUGGGCAAGCGCCAUGCAGUGAACCAUUUGUAAAUACAAUUCUGUUCAUUGCAUGACUAUAUUUAAUAUAUAUUUGAUUUGUGAGUGCGAGUUUGGACACGUGGAGUAUAUAUCGGGAUGGAUGAUUGUUAUGUACUUUGUAUAAAAAUAAUUUAUGUGAAUAAUAACAAGUUUAACUGUAAUAAUCAAUUACUACUUAAU